AUGGGUGUCGCGCAAAACCUCAAGCUCUGGAAGAACAAUGUCACCUUCAUCGACAGCAAUGGCGAAGAAGUCACCAAAGAAAUCCCACGAGUGGUCCCUCCAGCACCAUGGAAGGUGAUUGCCCUGAUGGACAAGAAAGCGUGGAUGUACUUCUUGCUUGGUCUUGGAGCAUGGACAGCUGAUGGCUACGAUUUCAAUGCUGUCAACCUCGUCGCUACAAACCUGUCCGUGGUCUUCGACAGGCCCUUGACUGAUAUCACGCUUUCAAUCACGCUCACACUGCUCUUUCGAUCCAUCGGAGCCUUCAUCUUUGGCAUGCUGGCAGACUCCUACGGUCGCAAGUGGCCACUCGCGAUCGAUCUCUUCAUUCUCGCCGUACUGCAGAUCGGCACAGCAUACGCAGGGAGCUUUCAGGCCUUCAUUGGCGUACGGGCAAUCUUUGGCAUCGCAUGGGUGGUGUUUGGGGUUUUGAUCAACCUGACUGCCGUCCGGUACUCCGGAGAGGGCUGGAAGGCUAUCUUCCAUGUUGGUGCUGGGUUCACAGGCUUGAUGGCGAUCCUGGUGUGCAUAAUGCCGGAAUCCAAGAUAUACAAAGACGAGGAAGAUAUCAAGGGCUGGAACGAGCGUGCUCGAGCGGUCGCUAAAGACCUCAAGAAAGCUGCCAGGCAGUACUGGGGCCGGUUCCUCUACUGCGUCAUACUCUCCAUGGGCUUCAACUGGAUGAGCCAUGGCAGUCAAGAUGUUUACCCAUCCUACCUCCAGGUCCAGAAAGGCUUCACGCCCAGCGCAAAGAGCACUGCAACGAUCAUCGGCCAAUGCGGUGCUAUCACUGGCGGAGCAAUCUGCGGCUACUACUCCCAGUUCAUCGGUCGACGACUGACGGUGGUCAUUGCAUGCAUUUUCGGCGCGUGCAUGAUACCACUUUGGGUAAUCCCAAACAGCUGGGGUGCCAUUGCUGGGGGCACAUUCCUCAUACAAGCUGCCGUGAACGGCGCUUGGGGCGUGAUGCCAAUCUUGUUGAACGAAUACGCUCCGCCACAGUUUCGGGGAGUCUUCCCUGGAACCGUCUACCAACUCGGAAACAUGCUUAGUGCGCCGGCGGCGCAGAUCCAGACCGUGGCUGCGAGCGGAUGGAUCAAGCCUGCGAAGAAUGGUCUGAAGCCCAACUACAGUCAGGUCAUGGCUAUAGUGAUGAGCAUUGUCUUCGUUUCUGUCGCCAUCUUCACCGCUUGCGGCCAAGAGCGUUUGGGCAGCCAUUUCGAGCUGGUCAAGCGGGCAGGUGCCGAGGGAGAUGUCAUCAAUGACAAGGCCGUGGCUACCAUCGACAACGAUCGAACUCAUGCCAAUGACCUGGAGCUACAGAAGGGCGCAUGUGUCCACAAAGAGGAUGUUUGA